CUUUUGUUAUAUAAAGCGCAAGUUCAACCUCAUAUGGAGUACUGUUCUUAUCUCUGGUCUGGCGCCCCACAAUACCAGCUCCUUCCUCUUGACUCCAUCCAACGGCGUGCAGUUCGUAUUGUCGGCGAUCCCGAACUCACUGACGGCUUAGAACCUCUUAGCCUUCGGAGAGACGUUGGCUCUCUUUGCAUGUUCUACCGUUUGUAUAAUGGGGAGUGCUCGGAAGAACUUUUUGAUUUGGUGCCAUCGUCUCGUUUCUAUCACCGCACCUCCAGCCAAAGAAGCAAAGUUCAUCCUCACUUCUUAGAUACAUGGCACACCAAGAAUAAGCGGGCAUGUCGCUCGUUUCUCCCCAGAACGUGCAGAAUGUGGAAUGACUUGCCUCCUGACGUAUUUCCUUUGCGCUACGACAUGGGAUACUUCAAGAAGCGGGUAUUUAGGGUUCUCAAGAGUCGCCAGCGCUUAAGUGACUCCUGUGAUGUUGCUUAUGUCCAUGGGCGACGAUGACCGCUUCCCAUCAGGUGGCUCGUCUGCUCAUUUGCUGACUAUUACAUAAAAAAAAUGAUUUUUAUUACUUUUAACUUUUGUUAAGAAAUUCUGGGGUGAAGAUUUAAUUUAUAAAAAAAAACUAAGUAUUGAACUUUAUUGAAUGUUUCUUUUUGUAACAUAAUCCUUGAAAAACGGCGCAGUUGCUAAAAAAACCCGGGCAAGUGCGAGUCGGACUCGCGCACGAAGGGUUCCGUACCAUAAUGCAAAAAAAAACGAAAAAAAGGAAAAAAAAACGGUCACCCAUCCAAGUUCUGACCACUCCCGACGUUGCUUAACUUUGGUCAAAAAUCACGUUUGUUGUAUGGGAGCCCCAUUUAAAUCUUUAUUUUAUUCUGUUUUUAGUAUUUGUUGUUAUAGCGGCAACAGAAAUACAUCACCUGUGAAAAUUUCAACUAUCUAGCUAUCACGGUUCGUGAGAUACAGCCUGGUGACAGUAGGACGGACAGCGAAGUCUUAGUAAUAGGGUCCCGUUUUACCCUUUGGGUACGGAACCCUAAAAACACCUUGGCUGAGUUGGGAAAAAAAGACAAACUUUUACGUUCAAGCAUGUCAAGCUUAGAUGUUGCCCUUACCUAAAUAAAUAAAAAAUACAAGCGAUUUCAAGGACUUUUUAAUAUUUUAGAAACUGCUAGACCCUAAGUUUUUUUAAAAGGUCAAAAAAGGGAUACUUAAUAGUCCUAAUUUUUCAGAGUCGCCGGUCAAAGAAACUGAGGUGGAAAGCUUCCAAAUUAGUAAUUCAUUAAAAAUAGUCCUCUUUUGUUAUUUCUACUGUUAUUUUAUGGGGUCACUUCCCCAUCGCUAUUUCAUGUUAUCAGUGCAAAUACCACGAACAAUUAUUAGAAGACAUAAAAGCAAAGCAAAGCUUCACCCCGGAAUUUCUUAACAAAAGUUAAAAGUUAAACUCGUAAACUACGAAAAAUCGGCUAACAUACAUGGGGUAUAUUCUGAUAACCCACGACGAUUCUAAAAAAUUUUUUUGACGUCAAGGUUUGGACCAUCCUGUAUACAGGGUGGCUAUAAAAUAACUGCAUUUCCGUUGCCAGGGAGGUUUUAGGAUUAUACUGAGCAAGUCACGAAAAAAAAAUUUGGCUGUGUCCUACAUUUUGACUGGUCCAUUUUCUAUGGGAGGUAUUUUGCCCAUU